AUGCCGGUAAAAGGGCUAAAAAAAGGAGGCUUACUUAAAAAGGAAAAGCGAGAAGAAGGUAAAAAAUAUCAACCAAAUAUCUCCAAGGGAACAAAGAGCACAAGGAAAGCGUUGGAGAGAAAAUUCGAAGCGAUACCUGGAGAAGAAAGCACGAGAACGGACGAUACAAGAAAUAGUCCAACAAUCCAAUACCGAAAUAAACAAAUAUUUUACGUAUUGACUCAGCUCCGCGAUACCUUCCCAUCGUUAAAGCUAGUUACUUGGAAUUACCAAGAAAGUGGUCAUGGCAAAGGCAUCCCCGACGGCAUUGACGCUGUGGUUAAGCGGACAGCUGAUCAUCAAGUUAAAUGUGGGCGUGACGUCGGGGAUUUUCCAACAUUCCUUGAAGUUGUUCGCGAAAAUAUUAAAAAUGUUGAGAUAAAAGUAGUAGAGGAGCAUGAAAUUAUAGAAAAAGAACUUCUUCUUCCUAAGGAUAUUUCACCAUUCAAGGGUACUAUGUUAGUUCACCAAGUAAUCUGGAAUUCUGUAUCAGAAUUUCUUGAGUUCCGAAAACUAAGCUGUUUUCUGUGUUUGGAUAAAAUCUGCGAACAUGAGGAUAAACAUAUGCAAUUACAUAAAAUUUAUAAGAGUAUUUUCGAAUCGGCUGUCCAAAAUAUAAAAGUUAUUCCACCAAGCAAACGAAUUACGGUAUUGAGCGAUGUAUCCAUCCAGUAUUAUAAUCGGAAGAAUAAUCCGUCUACUUCCGGAACACGCAAAAUUAUAAAAUCUGUUAAAAGACUUGCAGAUGUAAAAUUUGAUUGUACAAAUCAAACAUUCAUAAACACCCAACAGAAGGUGUCUAGUAGGCAUGAAGAGGCUUUCCUCCGCUUUAUUAAUGAACGGUCUUUUGAGAAUACGGAAUAA